AUGCCCGGAGCUGCUGUACUGGCGCUGCUUGUUCUCGGCGGAAGUUGGAUCCUGUGGAAGGUCAUACGCCCGUUCGUGUUCAAGAGCACGCUCGACCGCCUCCCGGGUCCGCCGAACCAGUCGUUCUUGUACGGCAACCUGAAGCAGGUCUACCAGAAGGAUGGGUGGGCCUUCCACAAGACCCUGGGCGAGUACGAUCGCGUGUGCGCGCUGCACGGCAAGUUCGGGGCAAGUGCUGGGCAGGCUUCCAAGAUGCUUUACGUGUUUGACCCGCUCGCGAUGCAUGCCAUAGCGGUAAAGGAGGCCUACGUCUACGAUGAAGCACAAUGGUUCUUGAGAGCGAAUAGCAUUGCAUUGGGACCUGGCUUGUUGGGCACCACAGGCGAGCAGCACCGGCGACAGCGCAAGAUGCUUGGUCCGGCGUUCAACAACGCCCACAUGCGGGACAUGAUGCCAACUUUUUAUGAAGUCAUCCACAAGCUGCGACAAGCCAUCGAGAACACUCUCGAUGCCCAGAAGAGCGACACGGUGGAGAUCAACAUGGUCAACUGGAUGGGCCGCGUCGCGCUCGAGCUCAUCGGCCAAUCCGGCCUCGGGCACUCCUUCGACCCGUUGCUUGAAGAUGGCGUUGACGACUACGGGACCGCGCUGAAGCAUUUUAUCCCCGCACUGUUCAGCUUCUCCGCCUUGAUCCAGUUCUGCCACUACAUGGAGGCCGCGAUCCCGGCCCCGUUCCGUCGCUGGGUCGCAGAGCGCGUGCCGAGCAAGAGGGCCCGGAAGCUGCGUGGGCUCAUCGACACGAUGCACGCGUGCUCGGUGAAGAUAUUCGAGGAGAAGAAGGCGGCGCUCGCACGGGGCGACGAGGACAUGAAGGAGAAGAUGUCGCACGGGAAGGACAUCAUGAGCAUCCUACUGCGCGCGAACAUGGACGCAGACUCGGUGGACAGGCUCACCGACGACGAGCUUAUUGGGCAGAUGUCCACGCUCAUUAUCGCAGGAAUGGACACGACCUCGAACGCGCUCUCGAUGACGCUUCACUUCCUUGCCCAACACCCAGAGGUGCAGCAGAAGCUCCGCGAAGAGCUCCUCGAGGCCCAGACGUCAAAUCACGGUGACGACAUCCCGUUCGACCAGCUGACCUCCCUGCCCUAUCUCGACGCCGUAUGCCGGGAAACCCUCAGGGUCCGCCCUCCCUCCCCGUUCCGGUUCAGAGAGACGCGCGAGGACGUCGUGCUCCCGCUCUCCGCGCCCGUGCGCGCGCGCGACGGCACGCUCCUCUCCGCGCUCCCGCUCCCGAAGGGCACCACCGUCUUUGUCGGCCUGCUCUCGACCAACACCCACAAGGCGCACUGGGGCGCGGACGCGGACGCGUGGCGGCCGGAGCGCUGGCUCGCACCGCUGCCCGCGCCGCUGCUCGACGCGAAGAUCCCGGGCGUGUACUCGAACGUGAUGACGUUCUGGGGAGGGGGACGGGCGUGCAUUGGUUUCAAGUUCUCACAGCUCGAGAUGAAGACCGUGCUAGCGGUGCUGGUCUCGCGCUUCACCUUUGAGCUGACGGAGAAGCCUAUUCAGUGGAACAUCGCCGGCGUGAUUUAUCCUACGGUGGGCACAGACACGUCCCCCGCGCUUCCGAUGAAGGUUGGCCUUGCGAAGAAGGCGUAA